AUGAAGGAGGUUCAGCAUGAGAAUGACAACGAUGCGGAACGACAAGAGCAGCAACAGGAAGACCAAGACAAAAGCAAAUAUGACAGCAUUAAUAAGGACAGUCGGACAGAUGUUCGACCAACACCGGCAGAUGUUCGACCAACACCGGCAGAUGUUCGACCAACUCCAGCAGCUCCUCUUAGACGAAGCAACACUGAAGCUAGUGUUGGGAACACAACGAUCAGUAGCGAUGACACACAACAGGCCACACCUUUCGAACGGCUGUCACUGACGCUGUCAAAUGACCAGCGGGUCAUCAAAGAAAUCAGUCUGGGCAGGCGCAUCGCUUUCUAUCGCAUCCGAGGGGAGAUAGGUGCAGGCAACUUUUCACAGGUCAAGUUGGGGAUUCAUGCAUUAACCAAAGAUAAAGUAGCAAUCAAAAUAUUAGAUAAAACAAAACUGGACCAAAAGACCCAGCGUCUCUUGUCCCGUGAGAUCACGUCCAUGGAAAGGCUUCACCAUCCAAACAUUAUACGUCUGUAUGAAGUAGUGGAGACCCUAGCAAAGCUACAUAUCAUCAUGGAGUUUGCUGGUGGCGGAGAAUUGUUUACCAAGAUUUCCAAUGAGGGCCGCCUUCCGGAGGCGGAUGCUAAGUGUAUAUUUGCACAGCUUGUUGCUGCGGUGGAGCACAUGCAUGACAACAACAUCAUUCACAGAGAUCUGAAAGCAGAGAAUGUGUUUUAUGCCAGUCCCAGAUGGAUCAAAGUUGGAGACUUUGGCUUCAGCACCAUCUCACGAGCCAGCGAUACGUUAAACACAUUCUGUGGGUCCCCUCCCUACGCUGCUCCAGAAUUGUUUAAAGACGAGAACUACUGUGGUGCUUUUGUUGACAUCUGGGCAAUGGGAAUUCUGUUAUAUUUUAUGGUGACCGGCCUGAUGCCUUUCCGAGCGGAAACUGUGGCUAGGCUGAAGAAGUGUAUUCUGGACGGAAGUUACACUGUGCCAACUUAUGUAUCCGACAGUUGUGUUUUCCUCAUUCGCAGCAUUCUUAGACAUAUUCCUCAUGAUCGCUUGACUAUAGCCGAGAUAAAACGUAGCGAGUGGUUAACAGGACAGGAUUUUCCAGGCCCUCUGGAGCCAUACAACUUAAACCCUAGCCAAGAGUCUUCUGUGAUAAAUGCUGAGGAACAGGAAGCUCGGGCAAUUCUCAGUGACUUGGGCAUCAAAGAUGAGCAUUUCAAACAGGCGAGCAUUAAGGAUUCCAGGAGUAGUAUAACGGGUACAUACCGGAUUGUUCUUCACAGGGUGCAGAAGAAAAAAUAUGGUAUUCAAGAGACAUUUACUGAUGCAACAGAUGAGAAGAAAGAAUCAAGUUCAAAUUCGGUCCUCGAAAAAAAACAGUUUAGACGGAUUACACUAGGGGGGAAUGCACAAUCUGUUAAUGGCAAGCCGCGGUCUCGGACGUGUUCAAUAUUGUGA